AUGCCUCUUGGAAUUGGGAAAUUAACAAACUUGCAAAGUUUGAAAAGAUUUAUGUUGGCAAGUGGAGGUGGGAUCAGAGUAAGGGAUUUAAGGAUGUUGAAUCAACUCCGUGGAAGAUUAAUUGUUUCUGGACUAGAAAAUGUGACACAUGUUGAGGAUGCACAGGAAGCCAAAUUGCAUAAAAAAGAGCGUUUUGAUGGAUUGUAUAUGAAAUGGGGAACUUGUAGAGAUGAGGUUGAUGACAAGACUAAGAGAGAUGUGAUUGAGAAGUUGCGGCCUUACACUUCCAUCAAAGAGUGUAUGUUAGAUGGGUACAUGGGGUCGACAUUCCCCAGUUGGUUGGGAGAUCCCACUUUCAAUAACAUUGUUCACAUACGGUUGGAGAAGUGUGAGAAAUGUGAAUUCUUGCCUCCACUGGGGAAGCUGCGCUCAUUGGAGAGUCUUUGGAUUGGAAUAAUGAGUAGUAUUAAGCAAUGGGUGCACUCACCAAUUGACAACAAUGGGGCAUUCCCCCUUCUCGAAGAGCUUUCCAUUGAAAAAUGUUUGUCAUUGCAAGGUGAUCUACCUCCUCUUUGCCCAUAUCUCAAAACACUAGAUAUUAUAGAUUGCAAGGAGAUGAGAGUGUCACUUCCAAGCCUUCCUUUGAUGCAAGACUUGAGGGUAGAUGGAUGUAAAGCAAUGUCUACAACUGCAGAUGUUAUUUCCUGUGCAAAAAGGAUAAGUUUUUACAAUAUAUUAGAGAUAACUGGCUUCAAUUGGCGUUUUCAGUACCUUCAUGAAGCUCUCUCCAUUGUCAAUUGCUCGUUUCUUCCCAUUACAAUUGGCCAGAUACCGGUGACGCUUCAACGGCUUAAGAUUUCUAAUUGCAAGCAGCUACAAUCCUUGGACUUUCAAGAUUCAUCUUCCUCAACUUCUCGUUUUCAAAAACUCUCGAUUAAUAGAAGUGAAUCCAUCGUCUCUAUUGGUCGUAUUCCCUUGACUCUACGAUCAUUGAAGAUUGAAGAUUGUGAGAAAGUAAGUUGUCUAGAAUUUAAUGAACAACCUCCAAAUUUCUCUUGUGGAAAUGACAACAAGAAAGCACUAAAAAGUGAAGAAAGCGAAGGAGUCUUCCUAAAGGCUUCAUUAGAACUUCCUCUGCUCACCAAAUUGAAAUAG